CCCUCACCACGUCCUUCAGCAGCUUCUUACUUUUACUUUUUAAAUUUAAAAAAAAAAAAUAAAUAAUCUUGAUAAUAUAAACAGAAUCGUAUUUUAUUAAUUUCUUAUUUAUAACGUAUAAUACAAGUUCGUCAAUUUAACAAACCGGUAACAAUUUUACCGGGAAAAUUUAAAUUUAAUUUUUCAUCAAAGUGUUUUUGUGUAAUUGACAAUGAACACAGUGAACAAGUGAUUAAUAUUAAUUUUAUUAUUAUAUAAACAAUUAUUAUUGAUGAAUAUAUCAUCAUAACUUGUCAAAAAAAAUAUAUAUUGUUUUUUUUUUUUAAACUGUGAUCAGUGCAGAUAUGUGGCUCAAAAGCGCACUACUGUUUUGCGCUAUUGCAUUUGCAUUAGCUAAAGAUGAGAAGAUAAUAAAUCAGUCAAAACUCGGUCAUGAAUAUGUGAAUAUCCGGUCGACAAGUGAAAAGCCUCGGGCAGUUGCAAUUCAAGACUUUGUAACAUCUCAUAAAAUACCAGAAGGAAUUGAAACACCCCACGAUGAUGAUUCUGAUGAAUCAAUUGAACCAAAAAAAUUACAAAGAAUCGAAAAAUUCGAAAAAAAAAUAAAUGAUUUAUCAAAUGUAGAACAGAGCUUGGAUGACUAUUCACAUAAAUUAAAUAAACACAUUAAAAGACAAGCUCAAGUUGAAUUGGAAAAUUUUAGUGAUGCUGGUGUUAUUAAAGAAGAAGGUAUUAGAAAAAUAGACGCAUACAGAGCUCAAGAAAAUCGUGAAAAAGUUGAUGUUAUUCCUGGUGUACAAGUUAGUUCUGAAUAUGCAACAACAAUGCAUCCAAUAUUAACAACUGAGCGUCAAUUAUCAAGUUCAUUUGAUUUUGUUCCUGUUAAUAUUAUUCGUGAAGAUACCAAAGAUUCAUGGACACCAUAUGCUAAUAAAAAUUUUGAUGAUAGUGAUGUUAGUUUAAUACCAGCUGGAUCAAAUACUCGUACACAGAUAAAAAAAGGUCCAAAUGGAAAAGAUUAUGAGUAUGAAUAUGUGUAUUAUUAUUAUGAUGAGGAGGAUGUACCAAAAACUGGAGGAUCUGUUAAUAAUCAAGAGGGAUUAAGAACAACAUCAUCAUCAUCAUCAUCAAAACGUGGUCAUAAAGAUGACAGUAGAAGUAAAUACAGUUCAGUUGAAAGAUCAACAACUGCUGAACCAGUUAAUAAUGAAAUUAUUACAAAUAAACAUGGUAAUAGAGGUAGACAUCUUGAUGAAACAACUGAAGAUGAAAAUAGUGAAGAUAGAUUGCCUAAUAGUACUCGUUUUCCAGCUAGAUCAAGAUCAAAUCAUAAUACAGGAACAACUGAACCAACAAGACCACGUGGUAAUCGUCCAAGAGCUGGUCUUGAUUUAGUUGAUUCAAGUAGUUUUAGAACACAUCAAGAAGGUCCAGAAUUUCCUCAAAGUCUUCCAAAAGGACCAGUUAGAUUUCUUGGUGUUACACCAAAUGAAAAUAAUGAAGAAAAAACAAGUAAAACACGUGGUCGUCCAUUAAAAAAUCAAGAACCUGCACCAGUUAUUGAAGCUGUUGAUGAUAUGAUAAUAAUGCCAGCCUUGAAAAAAGGCCAUCCAACUGAUGAAUCAUCUAGUGAAGUUGAAUCAAAUCGAGGUCAACCAAUAAGAUCAAGAAUAGAAGGUGAAUUAACAACAUCAAUUUCUCCACUUUCAAAUAAAAAUAAUGAUGAAAAACAAAUAUCAACUCAAUCAACAAAUAAUUAUGAAACAUCAUCUGAUUUAACAACUGAAGAAAUACCAACAACUGAAUAUCCAUCAGCAAUGGAUAAAGUUGCACUUGAUUUAUAUGCAUUUUUACAACAAGGACAAAGUAAUCUUGUUGAUUCAGUUACAAAUAUUGAUGAUACAAAUGAAAGUACAACAAAUAAUGAAAAUGAAUCAACAACAAAUUUAUCAACAAUAAUACCAGACAGUGGUAAUCCAACGACAAUUGAAUCAACAAGUACAAAUGAGGUGCCAACUAUUCCACCAUCAACAACGACAACAACAACAACAACAACUACAUCAACAACUACAACAACAGCUGCUACUGUAGCUGGUUUACCUGGACGUGGAAAAUUCCGUCGUCCAACACCAGCAAGUGUCAGUGGUGGUACAAGAAAUAGAUUUAAAAAUCCAGUGUCAACAACAUCAUCAAGUGUUACAGAAUCAUCAUCAUCAGAAACAACUCAAAAAACAAGAAAUCGUUUUGGUUCACCAUCAAAUAAUUUUAAACGUCCAAAACCAAAACCCGUACAAGAAGAAGAAAUACAAAAAGAUAAUUCAGUCUCAGUUAAUGUUGAAAAACCAAGUAGAAAUAGAUUCCGUGGUAAUGGAUCACCAACAAAAACAGCAACAACAACAACAACACUAGCAACACCAUCAUCAACAUCAUCAUCAUCAUCUGGUGUUUCACGUCCUUCAUUUAAUAAAUUAAAUAUUAAUAGACGACGUGGAAGACCAACAACAGCUGCAACAUCAACAUCAGAUGAUACACAAGAUUCUGAUAAUCAAAAUGGAUCAACUGAAACAUCUUUACAACAUGAAACUACAGCAACAACAACAAAAUCAUCAGUUAGACCUAAAAUUGGAGGAAUUGGAGCAAGACCAUCAAGACCACCUAGUGGAAAAAUAAAUAUUAGAAGACCUGGACAAUUAACAACAACAUCAACAACAACAGCACCAAUUACAGCUUCAUCUGAUGCUACUGAGGGUUCUGUUGAAGAACCUGCUGGUGAAGGUACUGAAGAAGAAACUCAUGAGGCACCAGCUGAAACAAGUCCACCAACACGUUCAACAACACAAAAUCCAUUGAAUAAGUUACGAAAUAAAAAUCGUAUUCAAGUACAACCAAAAACAACAACACGUUCAUCAGUAACAUCAUCACCACGUAGAUCACCACUAUUACCAAGACGUAAAGUAUCAACAGAAGCACCAGUAUCUGAAUCAACAAAUGAAGAAUUAUCAACAGAUGUUAAUGAAAUUGUUACUGAAAAUGUACAAAUUACUGAAUCACCAUUAUCAGAAACAAGUAGUGCUGCAAGUAAUAAACAUGAAGAAGCCAGAGGAUUAAAUAGUCUUCUAGCUCCAAGACGUAGGAUACCACCAAGACGUCAGCUCAUUGCACAAAAUUAAUUUUAAAAACAAUAAUAUCAAAAACAAUUUCGUUUUUUUUUUUAUAGAAAUUUUAAUUAUAUUUUGUUUUUUAUUUAAUUGCUGGGUCUUUUACGAAUUUAUGCAGUAAGCUAGUCUUUCGUAAAAAAAUGACAUUUAUUGACAAAAAAAAAAAAAAAUGGAAAAAUAUUAAUAAUACUAGGAUGUUUGUCAUUUUUUACUCACACAAAUUGACCCUCGAUCAUCGAGUCUAAAUUCAAUUAAAAAUUAAAUUAGUUUUUUAUUAUUUUAUAAGAACGUGUGAAAAAAAAUCUCAAUCCG